AUGGGCCUAGAGGCAGCCCGGCACCUCGUGCGCCUCGACGCCGCCCGCGUCAUCCUCGCAGUCCGCAGCACAAGCAAGGGCGAGGCCGCGGCAGCCUCAAUCCGGGCCUCGUUCCCAGGCCGGGCGGGCGUCGGGGCCGUCGUGCAGGUGUGGCCGCUCGACCUCGCGUCGCACGCCAGCGUCCGGGCCUUUGCCGCGCGGGCCGAGGCCGAGCUGGACCGGCUGGACGCGGUGGUCUGCAACGCGGGCAUGUAUGUGUACAAGAGCGGGUUCAGCCUGGCCGAGGGGGACGAGGUGACCAUCGCGGUCAACGUGACCAGCACACUGCUGCUGGGGGUAUUGCUGCUUCCCAUGCUGAGGGCGACGAGCGUGAGGUGUGACAAGGAGGCUGUGUUGACCUUUACGGGGAGCUUUGUUCACUUGAUGACAGGAUUCCCGGAAAGAAAGGAAAAUAACAUCUUUGAGGCGUUGGCGGACGAGAAGACGGCGAGGAUGCCAGACAGGUACUACGUAUCCAAGCUGAUGGAGCUGCUCCUCGUCCGGGAGCUGGCUGAACAGGUCACUAAAUCGUCCAAGCCGGGCCGUGUGACAGUGUCCAUCCUCAACCCCGGCUUCGUGAGGACAGACAUCAUGAGGGACAGCACCUGGUUGUUUCACAUCUAUUAUGUUUGCCUGGCGGCGCUCUUGGCCAGGACCGCAGAGGAAGGUGGGCGGAUCCUCGUCAACGCAGCAGAGGGAGGUCAGGAGACGCACGGCCAGUAUCUCGAUGACUGUAAGAUCGGAGUACCAUCCGCCUUCGUCACGGGUCCAGAGGGCCAACGGGUUGGGCGGCAGCUGUGGGCGGAGCUGGCAGCGAAGCUUGAAGUCAUCCACCCUGGCGUCAUGGACAGUGUGUGA